CCCAUGAUGAAUCUAAACCCAUCCUGCAAGCCUCUCAGAUGGCCAGCACACAACUCUUGCACGGUCUUGACACGAAGAAAUUGGAACAAGUGGGUGCAUAGAGCUUGUGCGAUAAUUGGAAAUUUUAUUGACAUGGCCACUCUGCAACUCCAAACCGAGGAGAACUGCAAGGAGGAUGGAGGUAGCGGGAAAAGAUACAGGGAUCAACGAAAUGAAGAUUGAAGAGUGAAUUGUGGAGAUCAGCCUGGUCCUAAUAAAGCGGAAUCCACUUGGGCGAGCAAUGCUGGAGAUGGGAACCUGGUGGAAUCGGAUGACGUCCAGGAUGCUCUGGCUUUGGGUGUUGGUGAGCUUGCACUGCAUCUGCAGUGUACAUUGCGGAGACGAUGACUACAGAGUGGUCGUGACGACGGAUAUCGAAGAUGGAUUGUUCGUGCGUUGCUUGUCGGAAGACAAAACCAUAGAAAAACUGCCCAGGAAGGUCAUGCCCGGGGACUUGACGUACAGCUUCGCGCUCGACCAAACCAGCCCCAUCUUCUCCAGCUACUUUUUCUGCACGGUUUCCAAUCAUGAGGGCAAUACGAUGACUUUCACGGCCUUCGAUAAAAAGUACACCGAGAAGUCGUGGAAAUUCCCUUUGGUCGACGACAUGCGCGAGGUUAGGUGGUCGAUCAACCAUGUGGGCGCUUGGGUCUAUGUCAAGGGCAGGCCUCGAGCUGAUUCCAUCAUGAAGUGGCAGGUGGAUGAGUUUUGGCCGCCGUGGCCCCCUGUCCUUCCCCCGAACUCCAACCAGUCAGGGCCCUCAAACUGGGACGAGUUGGAAGCGCAGAUCCAGAUAGUGCAACUCAAACCUCGAAUCCUCCCUCCGAUUUACAUACCUGAGUUCAUCAUGAAGCCUUUUGACGACCCAUUGCAUGUUCUGCCUUGGUAUCUGGACAGACCCUGGACGUAGCCUCCAGACAAACUCAUUCAUUGACAUGAGGCCAAGUACUUGGCAAGCUGAUGCCGGAGGGAGGGAGGGAGGGAGGGAGGCUGUCGAGCUAAGUUUUGUAGGUGAUUGAAUAUGCUUGC